AUGACAGCCCGCACCGUCGCCAUUUUACUCGGAACUGACCUCAACGCGCAAAACGGCGCACGCGUCAGAGAGGCUGAGGAGGGCAGUGGUGGAAAGCUGCAGCUCUGCUACAGGAGAUGGGGUGGAUCACCAGAAGGAGAUGGGGUGGAUCACCAGAAGGAGAACAGAGGGGUCACCAGAAGGAGAUGGGGUGGAUCACCAGAAGGAGAAGGGGUGGAUCACCAGAAGGAGAUGGGGUGGAUCACCAGAAGGAGAUGGGGUGGAUCACCAGAAGGAGAAGGGGUGGAUCACCAGAAGGAGAUGGGGUGGAUCACCAGAAGGAGAAGGGGUGGAUCACCAGAAGGAGAACAGAGGGGUCACCAGAAGGGAGGGCAGAUUUUGCGUGUUUGCACGGCGCUAAGUUGCCUUCUAGGAGUGAAGAUAAAAAUACACAAUAUCCGAGCGGGGAGAAGUACACCUGGGCUGAGGCCGCAGCAUCUGUCAGGACUCCAGAUGAUUUGUGAUUUAUGUGAUGGUUGCCUUGAAGAAGCCAAAGUUGGUUCCACUGAAAUCUACUUUACGCCGGGUAAAAUCAACGGAGGUAACCAUGUUGCAGAUACAAAAACAGCAGGGAGCGUCAGUCUAUUAAUGCAGGUCUCCAUUCCGUGUGUUCUCUUUGCUGCUUCUCCAUCACAACUGAUUUUACGAGGAGGCACUAAUGCUGAGAUGGCUCCACAGAUUGAUUAUACUUUACAAGUCUGUAAACCAAUCAUGGAAAAGUUUGGAUUUCAUUUUGACUGUGAUGUAAAAAUGAGAGGCUACUAUCCAAAGGGUGGAGGUGAGGUGAAAGUAAAACUUUCUCCAAUAAAAUGGAUUACUCCAAUAGACAUGACAGAAAGAGGAACCAUUACAAAGAUCCAUGGGAGAGCCUUUGUUGCUGGAGUUCUACCAAUUAAACUUGCAAAUGAGAUGUCAUCUGCAGCCAUACGGUGCAUCAGGAAAGAAAUGCGUGACAUUUAUGUGAAUAUCCAACCUCUGCAGGAGCCCAAGGAUAAGGCUUUUGGAAAUGGAAAUGGAAUUAUUAUCGUGGCUGAAACGUCUACAGGGUGUAUACUUGCAGGAUCUGCCCUUGGUAAAAGAGGAGUUUCUGCAGACCGAGUUGGGCUUGAAGCUGCUGAGAUGUUGCUGAUGAAUCUUCGACAUGGUGGAUGUGUGGACCAGUACUUGCAGGACCAGAUUAUAAUUUUCAUGGCUCUCGCUAAGGGUGUCUCCAGAGUGAGAACUGGACCAUUGACCCUUCACACUCAGACUGCUAUACACUUUGCAGAAAUGCUAACCAAGGCCAAGUUUACAGUAAAUAAAAUCAAUGAUCAAGAAUCUGGAUCAGAAAGAUGCAUCAUAGAAUGUGAAGGGAUAGGAAUGACAAAUCCCAGCAUCUGAUAUCUGAAAUGUAUAUAUGCAAAAACAGUAGAAGCUGUAUAUUGUCCAGUACUUUGGGGAAUCGUAAUCCUAGUGACUGUUUCAUGUGAGAUUCAAAUUUACAAAAAUAAAUAUUGGAUUGCAAUCCA